AUGGCGAAAACACUCCACAAGCAAAUCAACCUUCAAAAAGUCCAGGGGCCAGACAACACUUACACCUGCGACUGGCACACCGACUGGGCCUUUGGUAUCACCCUCCACGGCGGCUGCACUGCCGCCGGAAUCUAUUCCGCCCUCACCACCCAUCUCGCCCACACCCCCCACCCCGACAUCCUCAAACUCCACCUCGAAUUCCUCCGCCCUUGCACCCGCGAAGCCUCCACCAUAACCAUCACCACCCUCCGCACCGGCGCAACAAGCACAACCCUCCAAGCCACCCUCACCCAAUCCUCCAAUCUCAAUAUCCUCGCCAUCGCCACAGCCAUCAACUUCAACACCCCCCUCGGCCCCUCCUCACCUUCAGAAUGGACCCUCCUCCCCCCUACCAACCCACUCCCCAAUUUCAAAGCAGUAGAAUCCAACCAAAAAGACCCCAACUGGGUAAUGGGCAGGAUAAAAGGGGAGUUCUUACCGUUCACAGACCGGAUGCUCAUCCUUGCGCCACGGCAAGGCCACACGACAAACGGGGUUCAUGACGGGUGGUAUAAAUUCCUUUAUGCAAACAAUGACGACGAGGAGUACUCUCCCGAUCACGAAGGCGGGGUGGAUAACACCCUGUUGACGUUCCUGGCGGAUGCACUGCCCAGUAUGUCGGACAUGUUAAUGCGCACUGGUGGUGCGUAUGAUCCACAUGGGAUACACUCCAAGAUGGUGGCUUGGGAAAGUGCAGACAUAAGAAACGAGGGCAGGCCGGCGGUGGUGAGAAAUUUGCUCAAGGAUGCGAUGAAGGCGGAGGCGUUUAGUAAUACUGUGACAUUGGAUGUUGAGCUCAAGAAACGGGUGGAUCCGAACAGGGGAAACGGGUGGUUCUUGAUUCGGACAACGGCGAAAAUGUUGGAAAAGGGGAGGAUGGAUAUCGAUGUGGUUAUUGCGGAUGAGAACAUGGAGUUAUUGGUGGUCGCGCAGCAGACGGUAUUGGUGUUAGAGGCGGGGAGGAAGUUUAGCAAGGGGAGGAAGGCGGCGCUUUAA